AACUCAUCGUCCUCACCCCUCUUACCUUCAACUCUCUCUCUCUCUCUCUCUCUUUCUCUCUCUAGAAUGGAUUGCACUGACAGGACCCUGACUCCUCCUAUCAGUGUGUCCAUUACUAGUGAUCCCUUCUCAUACUCUACAUCAUCAACUUCUCCUACCCAAUCUUCCCCUACUGCCACUACUCCCUCUCCACCACAGCUUAUUCUAAGUCCUUGCGCUGCAUGCAAAAUUCUCCGUCGCCGGUGCGCGGACAAAUGCGUUUUGGCGCCAUACUUCCCGCCUUCGGAUCCACUCAAGUUCACCAUAGCCCAUAGAGUCUUUGGAGCUGCCAACAUCAUCAAGUUUUUGCAGGAACUUCCUGAGUCCCAAAGGGCAGACGCAGUGAGCAGCAUGGUUUACGAAGCGAAUGCAAGGCUGAGAGAUCCGGUCUACGGAUGUGCAGGCGCGAUUUGUCAGCUUCAGAAGCAUGUCAGUGAGCUCCAAGCAGAGCUGGCCAAGGCACGAGCCGAGAUCGCCAACAUGGAAUGCCAGCAAGCUAAUUUGGUGGCCUUACUUUGCAUGGAAAUGUCACAGUCUCAAGUUCAACCUAUCCCUCAACAACUACCUCAUGAAAGCUCAAGCUUCUUUGUUGAUGAUUGGGAACCUCUUUGGACAUGAAAAGAGGUUGCAGAAAGUUUAGGUUACAUAUAUAUUCAUGUGGGGAUGAUAAGAAAAUGAGAGAGAAAUACAUUAUAGAUAUAUAUAUAUAUAUAUUUCAAUAAAUUAAGAGAUUAAUUGUAGUAAAGUUGAUUCAAUAGUGAUCAUUGACAUGAGAAAACCCCAUUUAUGGAAAAAAAAAAAAAAAAAAAAAAAAUUUAAAAAAUAAAUUAUAUUUAGAAGAGAAAAGGUAGGAAGCUGUCUUUGUAGUUAAUUGUACUGAUCCUGUGGUGAGUCAUAAUAUAUGUUAAAAACAUCUUAUUGGUGACCUAAUUUUUAUCUUUAUUUUGAAGUGAUUUUUCAAUAUUGCUUCCUUGUCAAACUUGUCCCUUGACCAAUUUUUUAAAUUUCAUUUUGUCUGUAUUUUUGUUUACUUCAUAUGACUUGCUGAGAAAAGGACUAAGGAUAAUAAUUCAUUGGGUAGGUGCUUUUCAUUUUUCAAACAUAAGGUAGCUAUGAUUUAUCAGUUAAAGAGGGUCAUAU